GGAUCGGUUAAGAGUCAUGCGUGCGAUAAAGUAUGAGUAUGAAUAUAUAGGUGAAGAUGGUAUUUAUCUAAUAUAUAGGUGAAGAUGGUAUUUAUCUUAAAAGUUAAUUUUGGAAGAUUAAUCUAGUUACAAUUUGUUAGGUUAUGAAGGGUCUAGAGAUAAAAUAACCACCAUAUUUUAAGCCAAAAUUUGUAGAAAAUUUCUUUAUCACCUCCCUAUGGGGUCACCCCCAGCGAAAUCCCAAAACUACCCCUGUUUCAGAGAUACAUCUCCGAAGUUAUUUUUUGUUUGAAUUUUUUUUUACUUCGGAAAUGCAUCUUCGAAAACAGCAAAAAAGUGGUGUUUUCGGAGAUGCAUUUUCGAAGUAAAAAAAAUUCAAAACCGUGAAUAUUUCAGAAGUUCAUUUCCGAAAAUAUUCCUGCAUGUACAAUUUUCCCUCCUUCACUAUUUCAUCAUUUUUCUCCAAAACUUCUCCAACCCCUCUCCAAAACACAAUCAAUCUCCAUCCAUUUUUCGUCCUAAAAUCAAGUUUCAAACCGUUGAUCACGUUAAAGGGAGCAUAGAAAGCUACAAUUUCAGGUAUGGUGCAUCCGGACAACAAUGUGCAAGACAAUGACGCAGUAGUUCCGGCAGUUGUCAACGUUAAUAACGAUCUGGUUAUCGACGUUAAUCCUAUAAUCAAUGCGGUCGAUGUUCGGCAACAAUUUACAAAUGAUCGGAGCUUCGGUAGUCGCGAACAAUUGAUUGAUUGGGUUCGGAACGAAGCUAGUAAACUUGGAUUUGGUAUUGUUAUUUUAAGGUCCGACAAUGGAAAUAGUAGGCGGAAAGCUUUCGUUGUUUUGAAUUGCGAACGGGGUGGGAAUUAUGCACAAUCAAAUCGGAUUCUAAAACACGAAGACACGGGAUCGAAAAAGUGUGGGUGUCCGUUUAAGUUGCGCGCGACUCGGAGGGUCGAUGAUUUGUGGCGUUUAACCGUAAUUUGUGCAAUUCAUAAUCAUGCCUUGGAGGCCAAGUUACACGGACAUCCAAUGGCGUGUCGUUUGUCCCGCGAAGAGAAGAAUGUGAUUUCGGAUUUAACGAUAGUAAAAGUGGCGCCUCGCAACAUACUUGCCGAUUUGAAGCGUAAAAAAGCGGAUAGCGUUUCAAAUAUCAAGCAAGUUUACAAUGAACGGCACAAUCUCAAAGUUUUGAAAAUGGGCCCUCGGUCGGAAAUGCACAAUCUCAACGAAAAUGAACAUUAAAGAACAAUUACGAAAAAUUGCAUUUCCGGAGACCACCGACUUGAAACCGCCAUCUCAACCGGUUAAAACGAAAGGUGCACCGAAAAGGUCCAAAAUUACACAAGAUGACACGUCAACAAAACGAUCUCCUUCCUACUUUGAACAUGUUGAUGCAUCGUUCCCGGAUUCACCGACGCCGAAGUCCAAGUGUAGUGGUAACAAAGGAGCCCGUAUUUCGAAGCCACCUCGCACACCACCGAUCAAAAAAUCACCCAUUGUCUACAUUGAUGAAAUGUCACUUUUUAUGCACAAAUAUAUCGAUAACAUCGUUGAUGUUGGAGGCGUCGGCAAUUGUGGAUAUCGGGCCGUUGCGGGUUUGCUCGGUAAAGGGGAAAAUAAUCACACUUUAGUCCGACGGGAACUUAUUGCGGAGUUGACUUCGUAUCGGGACAUCUACGGCCGACUAUAUGAAAAUCAAGAAAAGUUUGCGAAAAUUCAUGAUUCACUUGUUCCAUCACUUACCGGUAUCGCUCCGGUUUUGAAGUGGAUGUCAUUCCCCGAUAUGGGUCAUCUAAUAGCAAGUGCAUAUGAUAUGGUAUGUGUCGAUUUGACGAGGUUUGGACUAAGUGAGACUUUCUUUCCACUUCAUAGUCGACCGCCAUUGGACGCGUCGAGCAGGAUCAUAUGCAUCGGGUAUCUACAAUCGCGGCACUUCGUCCAAGUGUUUUUGAAACCGGGAUGUCCUAUACCGGCUACUUCUUAUCAAUGGACGGCGCAUCAUUCAAAUGAGGCGGAGACUUGGCCGGAUCCUUUCGUUUCAAGAAUGGCGGAGUUUGAAGAAAUGAUGCGCCAAGAGCGCGAGCAAAAUAGAGAGCGGUCGAAGAACAUACCUAUUUUGGACUUAGGAUCCACCGAUUGGUUCGGUUAAUUUUAGUUUGUUCCGGAUCGUUUUUUGUUUGUAAUGACCAUUUUUGUAUGUAUUGUUGAUUAUCAUGUAAAAUCGGACCGAUUCAAUACAUAUAUAAUAUAAGUAUGUUUUAUGUCAUCAUAGGCUAAUUUAUGUGUAUUUUGAAUUCCUUUUGUAUUUUUUACACAAAA